AUGAUCGUCGCGCACGUGGACGGGAGCGUCGAGCCGAAGAGGUUUCCCCCCGUCGCCGGCGUCGGCGUAUACUACCGCCCCGGCGACGCGCUCAACUACGCCGCGCGCGCGCCGCUCGCGGAGGACAACAACGCGACCGAGCUCCUCGCCGUGUUCGUCGCGCUCGUCCGCCACCCGCGCCGGUCGCCGAUCACGAUACGCACGGACUCGAGGGCGACGCUCGACGUCCUCGAGCGGCUGGCGCGCGGCGACGGGUUGCGCGCGUUCAAGUUCAAGGGUGCGCGCGGCGCCGCGUCGUGCCGCGCGACGUUGUUUUGGCUGCGCGCGGUGUUGUUUUGGCGCGAGGCUGCGACGGCGGUUCGGAAGGUGAAGGCGCACGCGGCGGCGACGCCGGACAACGCGACCGCGGACGCGCUCGCGCGCGUGGGCGCGAACGCGUCGGCGAAGCGCGUCGUGCCGUACGCGCCGACGGGCGGGGGAUUUUUUCGUCUCGGCGGCGGCGGCGGCGGCGGCGGCGGCGGCGGCGCGCGGAGGUAUGAGGUCGCGUUGUUUUUCGAGAUCGCGAGGUUUCUCUCCGGCGCGCGCGGCGAAGGCAACGGCGCGCUGGAGGAUAUAGUGGACUCGUAG